CCGGGGCCGGUGUCGGUGCCGGGGCCAUGGACGCGGAGGAGCCGAGCUGCGGGGCUCAAUUCCGCGCCGCUGUUCAGGUUAUCCAAGGGCUGCCCCGGAGCGGUUCGUACCGACCCUCCUACGAGGAGAUGCUGCGCUUCUACAGCUACUACAAGCAGGCGACGGCGGGGUGCUGCGAGGGCCCGAGGCCCGGCUUCUGGGACCCCAUCGGGCGGUACAAGUGGGAUGCCUGGCACAGCCUGGGGAAGAUGUCCAAGGAGGAGGCGAUGGCGGCUUACGUGGCCGAGAUGAAGAAGGUGGCUCAAAAGAUCAUUGACACGGUGCCCAUGGACGAGACCACCGAGGAGAUGUUUGGGUACUUUGAGCCGCUCUACGAGGUGAUCCACGACAUGCCCCGGCCCCCCGAGUCCUUCUUCAAGAGGAAAGGGGGCAGUCAGAAGCAGACAGCUGAGCCCAGCCAGGACGACGCAGGGAGCAGCCCAGCUCCGGAGCCCCCCGGAGAUGCCCUGCCCAAGGAGCAGCAGAAUGGGCACCAUGGGCCAGGUGGGCUGGGGCUGGCACUGCCCACCGAGGCACGCCAGGCGGGCAUGGGGACCAGCGACUCGGAGGGGGAUGUGUACUGUGACACCCUGGAGCAGAUGGAGCCUGAGCAGGCUGGGCAGCCCCUGGCUGCGACCCCAAACGGCAGCAUCCAGCCUGGGCCUGAGCCCCCGAGGCCCCGCGGCGCUGGGCAGGGUGAAGGCAGAAGACAGGAGGGGAGGAGCAGCGCUGGGCUGGCAGCCCCUGGCUCCCAGAGAGAUCUGCGGCCUGCUGGGGCAGAGCAGGGCCCUGGGAGCAGCCCUGAGCUCAGCCAGGGGCUGCUGGUGGAGCUGGACACCCACGUAGCCGGCACCAUCCGAGCCUUGCAGGACGACAUGCGGCAGGUGCUGGAGCGCCUGAGCCAGCUGGAGGUGCUCGCUGCUGCACAGGUAGGCGCCGUGCCAUGCUGUGCCAUGCCGUGCCAUGCUGUCCUGUGCCAUGCAGGGACUGGCAGGGCCACGAUGCCUGACUCACUGUGGGCCAGGCCAGCAGGGCUUGGCUCCAGUUCCAGCCAGCAGUCAGCCCCGGGUGGGCCAGGUGUGGAGAGACCUCCAGAUGCCCACACAGCCCAGUGGGGCAGGGGCUGGUGCUGGUCCCAGCCUGGUCUCUCACAGCAGCUCUCACUCCUGCCGUUCUCCCCUCUCGGGGACACAGGGUAUGGCAGGGGGGUGCCCACCCCCCUCUGCACCCCAACCCCUCCUGUCUUGCAGGGGGACACCACCGAGGCCGACCCUGGCCAGGCGCUGGCACUGCAGGCAGCGCUCCCGUGGCCCCUGGCCGUCUCCCCCCGCACCCUGCGCAUCCUGCUCUUCCUCGCCACCUGGCCCUUCAUCACCCAGUGGCUGCUGCGGCGCUGGCAGGGCAGGAAGAGGUGACAGCCCCGCUCCUGCUGCCGCCGCCGCCCCUCCUUCCCCAUCCUGCUUGACGCGAGCCGGGGAAGCGCCACCGGGCCGCCGAGGGCAUCGCCUCCCCCGGCCACGGGGCUGCCGCGGGCAGGGAGCCCAGCCCCGGGGAGGGGAAGCCACCGCGCACCGCCGAUUGCCAGCCUCACUCUCAGGGUCUCACCAGCACUGUCGGCACGGCAAAGGGACCGGCCGCCCGUGGGGAUCGGGGCGUGGGAUCACCCCCACGCCCCCGACGGGAUCCCGGGGGAUCCCCUCGCUGCUGCGCACAGACGGAGCUGCCGGCACCGCGCUCCCGGUACCGGGUUGGUGGCAGGGGACGGCCUCCGUCCCUACCCCCAGAGCCCGGUUCCACGGAGAGCUUGAUCAUCCAAACCUGCCUGAAUUAAA